CUAUAUAUCUAUAUCAGUAUAUAUUUAUGUAUAAAUAUAUAUACACAUGUAAAUUUUUGUAUACGUAUAUGUAUGCGUAUGUAUGUAUAUAUAAAACACAUGCACACGUGUGUGUUUGUGUGUGUAUGGUGUGGUAUUUCUGUGUGUAUGUGUGUGUAGACUAUACACGUAUAUAUGUGUGCACACACGCACACACAAAAUACACACGCGCGCGCAGGCACAUACAGACAAAAAACAAACACACACACAAACACACAGCACCAGCUAAACAAAGAGUUUCACUGGCAGACCUGCGUGUGGUUGCCUAGCUGGUUAAGGGAAAUAAUAAUUUUCUUGAAAAUGAACUGAAUCGGGAACUGACGAGGAAUUAAGUAGAGAAGAUCUUGCAAAGUUCUCGAGGUAUGGACGAUGUCACGCGAUAGGACGUUUUUCUUUUAGAAAAUUUGAUCAAUAAGACUUCUUUAAAUACUAUUGAACCCCGAUUUGACAUAAAGUGGGAGGAACUUAGUUCGCAGGAGCUGUGACAUCAAAUAUAACAGCUUAUAUCCCCCCGUAAGUGGAGAAUAAUAGGUAUAACGAACAGGCAUCCAAAUAGGGUAUUUGGCAAUGCGAGAUGCAAGUGCCCUGCAGGAGAGGCAUCAUCACAGUACAGUGCCAUCCCGAGAGGCGUAAAAGUUUGUCUUCAGAGCCGAGUAAAAUGGAGACCGACGGCGCAGUGCCCGAAUUCCGUCCGAGCGAGAUCACGCAGGAGAGUGUCGAGGCGGCGCUCAAGAACGACAAGGGAAGCGACGCUCGCCUCGUCUCCUUCACGGUCCAGGAAUGCACCAAGAAAGGAGACAACUACGCAACGCUUGUGGCCAGAGUUAAUGUGCAUUACACGCUCUGUGAAACAAACCACAAUGUAUCUUACGUCGUCAAAUACAAUCCAAAACAUUUCAAAGCGUUUGAAAAGUUUGCUUACGUGCUAUAUAAAAAAGAAGUAAUGUUUUAUCAGUAUCUUGUGCAUGAUAUUCAGUCACAACUGCAAGAAGCCGGUCAGCAACCAUUGAGGGUACCUCGGUGCUUCCACACGUCCUUAGAAGAAAAUCAAGAGGUUGUCAUCCUCGAGGAUCUCCGGCCAAGAGGAUUCAAGAUGUUCGACCGCAAGAAAGGCAUGGACGUCGCCCACACCAAGCUCGUCCUCGAGGAACUGGCCAGACUCCACGCAGCCUCGUACCUCCUCAAGGCCAAGAUCCCAGACCUUGCCGACAAGUACCCAGUCCUGAGUCUGGAUUGGCUCAACUAUGCCGAUGAAGCAAGAGAUGUUACGUUUAAUACAUUUUCCAAGCAGAUGGACACAGUUAAAGAUGUGCUGAAUAAAGUGGGAGGGUACGAAGUGGCGGAGAACUGGCUCGGCAGAAACAGAGAGGGAGUUUUAGAAAUGCUGGCUGAGCAGCUCGCUAGGGUUCCUCCCUUCGACCUUCUGUGUCACGGUGACUGCUGGAAUAAUAACGUGCUCUUUAGGUACAAUGAAGAAGAGGUUCCUGUCGAAGUAAUGUUACUAGACCUACAGGUGUGUCGCCAGGCCUCCCUCGCCACAGACCUCAACUACCUCUUCCACACAAGUCUAGAAGGCCAUGUAAGGAAAACAAACUUGGACUCGUUUCUAGACAUUUAUUACUCGACUUUCCUCGGUGUCACAGAAGCGGGAAAGACUGCAAUGCCCUUCUCUCGACAAGAACUUCAUCAGGAGUACAAGAACCGCCUUCAAUACGGUUUGUUGCUGGCAAUGCUAGUGACUGUAAUCGUUAUCUGUGAAGGAGACAUCAACAAGGAGAACCAGGACGGUUUCACUGAUUCAUUGAGAGAUGUUUUAGAUGAUCUGGUUUCAACAUCACCUAUAUUGCGUCCUCGAUUCCUAAGUAUAUUUGACGAAAUGAUUGAAAAUAAAAUAAUUGAAUGAGGUAUUGAAGGGCAGGGUUACAUUCCUCAAAAAUAUAGAAUUUGCGUAAUAUAUGUAUUUCUACUUUUUUUCGAGUUUUUUAUGACUAAUGCAUUUAAUAAUGAAUGUAGAUUUGUUUGUUUAUUCAUCGGUUAAUUACCUCUACUAACAUUACUGAUUACUAAUAUUAAUAUAUUCACAGUUAGUAUUACGUGCACAUAGGAACUAGGACUAGGGACCAGAAAAUGCAAUUGUAUGCGUUGCAAUUUUCUUCAUCCUUCUAUAGAAUUCCAAACAAGAUAUUGUGGAAUACUUUGUUUACUUUUUGAUGAUUUGGGAGAAUGUGCACUAUGAAGGCAUUUGAAAGACUUUGUUAACCAGACUAUUUAAGGCACACCACUUGUGCCUUUUAUCUUAUGAUUAUUAGAAUCUAAUAUACCAUAUAUAUCAUAACUUUUACUGUUAAAAUUACUUCCAAACAAAUUGGCGAAAGAUAAGUCAUAAUGUGCUGAAUAAAAACGUGA